UCAAAUACUAUUCUCUUCCAAAACAUAUUCAAAAUACCUGCCGAGGUCAAAUACACUGAGCGUCAGAGAAGUUUGAGCAGUGUUCUCUCAGAGUUGUCACUAUCUAGGUUUUGGAUGUAAAUAUUUAUAGCCGUUCUCCCACAGAGAUUAGCCUAGCGGUGCCAGCCACCCGGCAGCACCAACACAAGGGCUGUUCAGGUUUCAUAUUUAAGCUCUGCUUCCCUCUCAGCUCGACCGCCUGCGAUAACACAGAGUCACCUGAGAGGAGCUGGCUGGACCUGCUGUAGGGGCAGCCAUUUUGAGAACAGUUUCUGCAUCACAUCAUUUUGAGAACAGUUUCUGCAUCACAGUUGUGCUACUCAGUGUGGAACUUGUCCUUAGCAACAACAAGUUCCUCUACGACAAGAAAAUGAACUUCAACUUUCUUCAUCUUUCUUCUAUCCUCAAUGAUUAAAUAAGCCCACUUACUGUAUAUCAGCCCAUAGCAUGAAAAACUGGAGUAAGAUAUUCAAGAGCGGAGACCCUGAGAGUGUGGAUGGGAACUCCUCUUCGAAGAGGAUCUCCUCGAACAAUGGCCCAGCAGAGCUAACACCUCAGAGAACCUUUGAGGAUAACCUUUCACAUGAUGCAAACUCCACUGCCCACUCAUCCAUCACUCCUCCACAUGUACAAGGAGUGGGUGAUGGUGGGGACGAGGGGACUCUAAAGGACAGGUUGAGAACCCUCCUCCCCCAAUCAUGGGGCAGUAUUCUCCACAAAUUGGGGAAAGGUGAUGCAGACUCUGAUCUGAGCUCCAAUGGGGUCAAGAUUGUGCCCAAUGGCACCAGGGUGAGUCCACCUGUCAGCCCAAUAAUAGAGAGGAGGUACUGGGACACUCAGGACUCACUGGGGACCUCCAGCAAGAGUUCCCGUAGGCCCUUGUUGAGGGACAGUCCCAUAGACAAUGACCAACUACAUUAUCUUCCAGAGGAAUCAGAGUUGACCAGUAUCCAUCCAGCUGAGUACUAUGCGGAGAAGGUGGAAGUCUACAAACUUAAGUACUCCUAUAUGAAAUCCUGGCCUGGGUUAUUGAGACUCCUGGCUGGGUUUGAACUUCUCUUUGGGGGUAUGGUCCUUGCCUGUGUCUGUGCCUACAUCUAUAAGGACAGUGAGUGGUCGAACGCCAAUGGACUGUAUAACAAUAGUCAUGGCAUGUCGGGGUACUCCUAUAAUGGACCCAUGACUCCAUUCGUGAUGGCGGUGGUUGGGGUGACGUGGAUUGUAACCAUUCUCCUACUGGUGAUAGGGCUGACCAUGUACUACCGUACUAUUCUUCUGGACUCCCCCUGGUGGCCGCUCACAGAAGGCAUCAUCAACGUCGCCCUGUUCCUCCUCUACAUGGCGGCUGGUAUCGUGUACCUGAAUGACCUCAAACGUGGGGGGUUGUGUUACAUGACCAUUGGUAUUAACCCCAUAAUGUCCAGCCUGUGUCGGGUUGACGGAGGACAGAUGGCUGGCACGGCUUUCAUCUUCAUCAACAUGCUGAUGUACCUCAUCAGCUUCCUGGUGUGUCUGAAAAUGUGGAGGCAUGAGGCCACCCGCAGGGAGAUGGAGUUCUUUGAGAACCAGGAGCAUCUGAGGUCCAUCUCUGUUGCCCAGACCAAACUUCCUAAUCGCCAGACCAAGAGGAUUGUGUUUGAGGAUGAGAUGGACAGCUCAGUAAGGGCGACCAAACGCCUGCACAUCACAGAUUUCCAUCAGGAGGAGCCAGGCAGCCGGAACAGAGCCAACCACACAGGGUAUGCCCAGAAGCACAGAGUCAUCGCAGACUAUAUAAUUAAAUAUCCAGAAAUCUUCUCUAUGGAAGAAAGGGAAAAAUACAAAGCUGUUUUUAACGACCAGUAUCAGGAGUACAAGGACCUUCACAAAGACAUCAGUACCACCUUCAUGAAGUUCAGAGAGCUGGAUGCCAUGAUGGGCAAACUCCUCAAAGAUGGCAAUAGUCAUGAGGAGCAGAAGAGAAUCCAGCGGAUUUUGAAGAAGUAUGAGCAAAACAAACGUGACCCUGCCUUCCUGGAGAAGAAGGGACGCUGUGACUAUCUGAAAGCUAAAUUAGGCCACAUCAAGAACAGGAUCCGCAAUUUCGACGAGGACAGCUUGGCAAAGGGUCGGACCAUCAUGUAUGAGCCGCGGCACUACGACAAACCACCCAUCUAUAGUCCUCCCUACACUGCUACCUCCAAUGGAUUCUACACCCACAGAAGUGUGCACUCCCCAAGGAGCAACUUUGACCCCUACCCUCCUCCCCCUGACUCAUUCUAUAUGGAAGAUAGGCCUCAACACUUCUACAAAUGGUUCUCUGCUCCUGGGUUUGUCAAAACAAUGGAAGGAGCAACAGUCAUCUUGUGUUUCCUCAUUUUUGUCUGUGUAGCCUCCACGUUGGUCUGGGACAUGCACGGAGCAGGAAUAGGAACGGGGGGCUAUGGAACGGGGUCUAUGGGGGUUGGCAGUGGCACUGGUGGCUAUUACGGAGGCAGCUAUGGCUAUUCCAGCUCCUACAUGACCCCGUAUUCGGCCAAGUCAGCCAUGAUAUCCAUGGCGGCCAUUAACUUCCUGGUUUCUCUGGGCUUCCUUGUGGGGAGUUUUUCUCGGUCGCCUGCUAUGCGCGGUCGGAGGUUUUACCUGACAGUGUUAGUCUGUGACGUCGUACUGGCGGUGCUGCAGGGCAUCAUUGACAUUGUGUUUGUGAUCGGUGUCAACCCCAUGUCGCAGAGCUCUCAGAGCAUGCUCUAUAACCCCAUGCUUAUGAUGUGCCAGAACAUGCAGGGAAGCCCCAGUCUGAGUGGGAGUGUGGGAGCGGGGUUCCCUGGGGGUUUCCCCAUGUACAACCAGUAUCUCCAACACUACUGCUACAUGGACCCUGAAGAGGCUGUGGCGUUGGUGCUUGGGUUCUUAGUAGUGGUGGCGCUGUGUGUAGCUGCAUACUACGCCUACAAAACCCGCAGUAAGAUCUGGCGCCACGGCAAACCCAACAUUAUCUGGGACCGACCUCUGCUCAGACCACCUGAACGAAAUGAUGUACAGGACUGGGUGGACUAUGUUGCAGAGGGGCAGAGCACUCAGCGGGCCCCUACUGUGAUCUUAUCAGAGAAGACCGUCCCUGACCUCAGGACAGAGAACAGUGUUGUCUCAGAAGGAGCCGGAACAGUCAGCAUCUACAGUGAGGAGACCUACAAUGGCAAUAUUUACUAUGACAACACCAAUGGGCGUGUGCCUGAGCCCCUGUACCGGCACACCAGGGUCAGAUCCAGCCCCUCUGUGGAGGCAGAGAGCCUGAAGAAGUACCCCAUUCACAGGGAAAAGGAACGGGAUCCCACCCCCCCUUCCCAGGAGGAGACCCAGUGUGAGACCGGCUACACCACUGGUGGGGAUACUGGUAACGAACUGGACCAAGACCAAAGUGACCACAUGCAUAGCAUGUACCCUGAGAUAACAUCAGACAGCCAACGACGACAGUAUAAGAAAGAGUUUGACUCCGACCUGGCGAGCUACAAAAGCCUGUGUGCCGAGAUCGAUGACAUCAGUGAACAGAUGCACAAGCUGAGCCGAGAGCUGGAUACCCUGGAGGAGGGCACUGCCAAGUACCAGGGAGUGGCUGAUGAAUACAACCUUCUCAAGGGCCUGAAGCGGACAGCAGACUAUCAUGCUAAGAAGCAGCGAAGCAAAGACCUGAGACAGAACCUAUUCCACAUCAAGCGCCUAGUGAAGAACUAUGACAAUGGCCUUUGUUGAAGCAGCCUGGGUCUGCUGUACCAUCCACAACUACUCCAUACAGCAGACUAUAUGGUACCAGUCCAGCAGUUCUCGACAAAAGACACCAACACAUGCUCUUAUGGGAUAUUGUUUGAUGGUGAACAAUAGUAACUUUGACUGUUGCCGCUUCACACAGGUUCAAAAGGCAACAGUUGAAUGGACUUACAAUAGGUAGAUGUAGAUUAUGAGGUUGAAACAACCACAUUGAACGUGUAUGUUAAGGGAAACCUUUGACUUGAGGUGAAUGUUUGUUGUAGGGCAUGAUUGAGACAUUUUCGUGAUUCAUUCUGUUACAUUUUUACUAUGGAUUCUUAUGCUUUGAAAGAGAUGUAAUAUUCCUGUGUAAUUUUUUUCUGUUUUGUUGUUUUAUAAUUGUUAUACUGAUCUGUUCUUGUCUCUUUUGUCUGAUCUGUGUAACAUUGCAAAAGUAUGUUUUCACCGAUUAUUAACUACAAAAAAGUAUGCAUUCUAAUAUUCUAACUUUAAUGUAUUUAAUGAAGAAUAACAACUUACAUAUUUUAGAAUUAAAUAUACAAUUAUUGUAGAAUAUUAUGUCUUGCAAUGUGAUCAUGCAGUACAUUAGUAGUUUUUCUUUGAAGAGAGUCUGAUGCAAAUUCAACGGGUUUGUUGAUCAAUUAGUCUUCCCAUGGUUUAUACAUUGUUUUCAGACAUUAAUAAAUGAUGUAAUGCAAUGUAUUACAUCUCUUAAGGGUGUA